AUGCACGCCAUUCCAAAGUAUUUGGAUACCGCGCAUGAGCUGCGCGUGUACCAGGCCGAAAUGGAGGACGAAGGUCAGUCAUCGGAUGAUUCUAGCGAUACCAUCAGCAUUUAUGCCGACUCAGUCUGUGAACCGCGCAAUCGGCGUGGAUCAGCUGACAGCACUGCUACAGUUAACGGAGAUGCAGCACGCAAACGGAGGCCGGCAUACCAACGGCUGCACGCCUUCGGUGGACACUGGUGCCAACUCUCCGUUGUGAAUCGCGUUCUUGGAGCGAAGCUGGAUGUCAUGCCGGAUCCACUGAUGAUGCCGGUGGAACUGGUGAUGGAGUACGAUCCGUACAACGGUAAGAUCCAACGAGGAUACGAGCGUCUGCAACUUCCUGCGCCUGCCCGGAUGGCUGGAUGGCUGUGCAAUGCGGCGCUCUUGUACGUGGGACAGGAUGGUACCACGGUCACGCAUGGGGGAUGUGGUGACACGGUGGUGACGGAUACCUGCGGCCACGCCCGGGAGACGGUCAUGAUGCCGGCGGCGGCCCUGUGCGCCCGGAUGACCGCGGAUCAGGGACCCAUGCUGACGACGCCACGAGUGAAUCAGCUUAUGAAGUAUGGCGAUCCGGAUGUACCGGAGGAUGAGCUGGCGAUGUGGGAGUACGAUUGGCCACGCCGUCCCGUUUCGGAUUUUGACAUUAGGGAUGAUGAUACUACCGACGGGGUGAGUCGGAUAACUAAGUUGAUUGAGAAGUACGGUGACCUUUUUCAUACCGAGGGUCGUAAAAUGGGUCAGGCUAAGGUAGAGCCGUUCCGUAUUGACCUGAUGCCGGGUACGAAGCCGAAGUUUCGGAAUCAGUACCGGUAUGCACCGCCGGAAGUCGCGGAGAUUAACCGGCAAAUUAGCGCUAUGAUUGACAAGGGGGUGAUUAGACCGUCCCGCAGCGACUGUUCUAGUCCCAUUGUUUUAGCGCGAAAGGAUCAUGGGCGCAGCUGGCGCUUGUGCAAUGACGUCAGGGGUGUUAACAGUAUAACGAUUUCUGAUAAGUACCCUCUGCCGCGUGUGGACGAUUGUUUGCAGGCGUUGUCUGGCAAACGGUAUAUCUCCACGUUGGACUUGGUUUCCGGCUACUGGCAGAUGCCAUUAGCGGAGGAGUCGAAGCCGUUGACAGCCUUCCAGUCGCCAAUGGGGUUCUACGAGUACGAGGUACUGUGCUUUGGGCUCAAGAACGCUCCAUCGUACUUCCAGCGUACCAUGACAACAAUCGUGGGGGACCUCAUCGUGCGUGGCGUCGUUGCGGUCUACUUGGAUGAUGUGAUCAUCGCGACGUUUACGUUGGAGGAGCAUGAAGAAGUAUUGGAGGCGCUGUUUUCUCGAUGUCGGGAGAUCGAAUUUUCCGGUUCCCGCAAAUCGUACGCCGUACGUGCGUUUCUCGGUCUAACCGGGUAUUACCGGCGCUUCAUCAAAGACUAUGCGGCGCUGGCCUGUCCGCUGUACGAGCUGACGAAGAAGGACGUGCCGUUCGUCUGGGAACAGCUGCAGGAGGGGGCAUUCGAGGCGUUGAAGAACCGUCUCGUCUCGUCGCCGGUGCUUGGACACUUUGACGUAUCGCGACCGGUGGAGAUCCACCCGGACGCCAGUGGAUACGCCAUCGGAGUGGUCAUUCUGCAGCAGGAUUGCGACGGUGUCUUGCGUGUGCUGGCUUAUGGGAGCCGCCGCUUGAACGCCGCGGAGCGGAACUGCAGCACCACGGAGCGGGAGUGUUUGGGUAUCGUCUGGACCGCAGAUAAGUUUCGCUACUAUCUGUUAGGUCGUGUUGUGACGGUCAUCACUGACCACCAUAGUUUGUGUUGGUUGGUGAACAUUCAGUCUCCCAGUGGUCGCUUGGUCCGUUGGGCACUUCGACUCCAGGAGUUCGACCUGGUGAUUCGACACAAGAGCGGAGCGAAGCAUGCCGAUGGAGCCUGUCUGUCUCGGUACCCACCGGCUAGGGAAACCGGUGUGCUGGCGGUGAUGGCGGUACGUGAGGAGACGGGCCCCACCACGCAAGCAAUGUUGGAUGCACAGUCCACUGACCCUUGGAUUCAGGAGGUGAUGGAGCAGAUGGACUCGGUCAAGAGCGUUCAGAAGGUGUACGCCGUGAAGGACGGGUUGCUCUAUCGCGAGUGGAAGAGUCAAGGUGACAAACAUUUACUGUUAGCCGUUCCGAAAGCCUUACGUUUUGAGGUGCUGGCGUUUUGCCAUGAUGACCCGAUGGGAGGGCAUCUCGGUUUUGCCCGGACCUGGGACCGAGUGCGGAAGCGCUUCUUCUGGCCUCAAGCGAUCAACUUUACGGAGCAGUAUGUGGCGUCUUGUGCACCAUGCCAGGCGCGGAACCGGUUGACGACGAAGGCGGCCGGACCGAUCCAGUCGUUCUGUCCGGAGCGGCCGUUCGAGAUGUUAGCCAUGGAUUUCCUGGGGCCGUUGCCCAGAUCCAAGCGUGGAAACCAAUAUAUAUUGGUAGUGACUGACCUUUUCACUAAAUAUGUAUUGGCAGGCGCAUUUCCGGUGCAGAGUGCGAUGACGGUGGCGAAAUUCUUGGUUUUUGAAGUGUUUCUGCAGCAUUCGUUUCCCUUGAGGAUCUUGAGCGAUCAGGGGACACCGUUUGUAAAUCAGCUGACCAGUGACCUUUACAAGGUACUGGAAGUGAAGCGCGUUACGACGAGCGGAUAUAUGCCACAAACCAACGGCUCGUGCGAAAGGUACAAUCAGACGCUAGCGCAUAUGAUGUCGAAGUUCAUAGACGCUGAGCAGCGCACCUGGGACGAGGUGCUGCCGUUUGUGGUGUUCGCGACAAACACCAGCAAGCAUGACACCACGAAAGAGUCGCCAUUCAAGUUACUGUACGGGCGGGAGCCGACGCUGCCGGUCGACAUCGCGUUCCCGACAGUAGCGGAUGCGUUCGUGUAUGAUGUCGGAGAGAGGAUGGAGGCGCUUCACGCGAAGGCGAAUGCGCGCAUUGAGGGGAAGCAGAACUACCUCUACGCUCACGACGAUCACCCGGAAGUGACGUACAAAGACGGGGAUUACGUUUUGGUGUUCAACCCUGCCGGAAAGCGCGGUAAGGCGACCAAGUUACUGAGUCGUUUUUAUGGGCCCUACCGAGUGCUUAGGCAAACGUCACCCGUGAAUUACGAAGUGGAAACUUGCGGGAUCCGGAAGCGAAGGAACGUUUUCGUUACCCACGUGUCAAAGAUGAAGUUGUUCAAGGAUCGCAACGAGAUGUUCGUUGACUCCGAGGAUGAGGACGGCGAAGGAUGGAUUCCUGUCGCGCGUCCCAAGCAACUGGUGGACCACAACGAGGUCACGGACACGGUAGCGGCAGAGGAGCCGUCUACCACCCUGAUGGGCGCCCCUGAUAUUGCGGCCCCUGUGGUGCCAGUGGUACAGGCCCCUGUGGUGACUGAGGUAGUGACCACGGCGGAGGCGGAGAUGUGCGCGCCGGUGACUCGGGAAAACUCGGAAACGGAACAGCGGCGUUCGGGUCGUGAGCGCAGGGCACCGGACCGGUAUGACCCAUGCUCUUACAAGCACUUUUACGGCUUGCUGCUGUUGGUGUUGUUGUUUAUGCCCUUAGUCGCAGCACUGGAGGUGGCUGUCUGCGACUGCUCUUCACCACGACAUGUCGGUGUCGUCAGUUUUGAGCGCUACGAGCAAUGCCGGAGCAACAUGUCGUCCGUCAAGUUCACCCCGGUCAAGUAUGACAUCUAUACAGAAGAUAAAGCCCGGACCGUGUUCAAAGGCUUCAGCUGUCGGGCCUGGGAGGAGACCUUGCACAUCGAGGAAGGAUUUCUGGGCUGGAGGGACACGACGAAGUCCUCCAAGGAGAAGCCGUUAGCAGCGGGAGAUUGUUGGGUCAUGGCUAACACGUUCAAAUGCGGUGUGAAUUCAAUGGUGAAGCGUGGUAGUGUUUGGUCUUUUACAGCCGAGCCGAAGGGCGAAGGGGCCUGGUACUCUACGAAGACGUACACUACAUACAACUGUGAGCUCGAGGAGUUGACCUUGGAGCAGGAGUGCAAAACGUGCCCAAUUAUGAGUAUCGUCGGUGAGGUAGCGACGGAUCGCACCGUAGGCUACGCGAUUCUGGCACACCGGACCGUGGUAUGGAACGACAUUUCGCAAACGCAGAGACCGUGCGAGACGGCUCGGCUGACCAGGCGAGUCGGUCAAUUGUAUAACGAUACAAACGGUGUGAUGAGAAUCCGCGAUACUGCGCGGCAAAUGGAUUUUGUUCUAGGCGCAUUGGCGCGCUUGUACGGACAGACCGGAACAAAGGCAUUCCGUGUUGUCGGUGAAACGAGUAUGCUGCUGGUGGUACUGACGCGUGCGGAGAAGAUCCUGUUCCAGGAUUUCAACUACACCGCCGGAGGCAGUGCCUCGGGAGGGGGAGGAAAAGAUUCUGCAUUUAGAGGCAAAAGGAACUUGCUGGGAUUCGCGGGUGGGACACAUCCCGGAUUUCCGUCGGGAUCGUCGCGCACCAUAAUGCCGUUGCCCGUGACAGUGGCUACUACAACUGUCGGAAGAAAGACGCCGGAGGCGGAAGGCGCAACCACUGAACUCCCGAUGACGCUACAACAGUAUCUACCUGAGCAUCUACAAUGGAUUAUGGACUCGGUGGUGGAGCAGGAGAACCACAUUGCAGAAGCUGUUAACGCCGUCGACUGUCGGUUAAGUAGACUUAAAAUCGAAAAUCUUCAUUCACUGUCGAAAGUGAGCGGGAUUUUGGCUGCGCGUGCUAUGCACUUUACAGAGUGUCAGAGCUUGGAGAGCUUCGGGAGCAUGGGAAUUUUGCGGCAGUGCCGACCGUUCAACCUAACGUUCGAAGCGCAGAACACCGUCUACUGCGGCGUACAACCUCGUUCAGGAAACUUCACGAUUUCUCGCGACGGAUUCAUGGCGAUUAAGUGGCAAGAGUGCUACUGGCAAUCGCAUACGGUGAACUUCCGGGGGAUUCCUCACGUCUGGAGAGACGGAGAUUGGCGACCAGUGCAGCCGGUGCAGUAUGCUGACCGACAGCUGUUACUCGCGCCUUUCCAGGAGACUGUUGACCUUUCUGGGGCUUUGCUGGAAGCAGCCGCCGAGAAGGAGCAUGCGAUGACGUUCCAAUUGCUGGGCCAGUUGGCCGGUGCGAUGGAACAUAACGGGGUGGAGAACGUGGAAUCGUUCGUCCAGAACGUACAGCAUGUCGUGGACCGAUAGCUGGAUGCGGAAAGCGGAUUUCAAAUCGCUUGGCGGAACGGAGACAUCGACGUUCGACUGUGGUAGCUGAACCGGUAACUUACGUCAGCGCUCCUGAGGAUCCCGGCUAUGAAGCGAUUAACCCACCGGACAAGGAGGAGGGACGGAUUCUUUCCGCUGCACCGUACGAAUAACCGUACUUAACGUCUUGAGGGACCUGCGACGUCUGGGAAGGGGGCAAU